UGUUAACAACAACGGAGAGCUGAGAAUGGCAACUCUCCUUUCACAGAGAGUCCUUUGCUGCUCAUCUAGUUGUAAAAGUCUUUCAAGGACAUUCUGUACAUCAGUUCAGCUCUACAAAAAUCUCAGAGCCGGUAAAAAACAGUAUCCAAAGAAAGGAGAGCAUAACUUUACUUAUGAGGAAAUUAACCCUCCCUACACAAUAGGUGUCAGAAAAUCUUGGAACUCAUGGAACACAACUAAUCUUCAUGGGGAGUCAGGAGCACCCCAGGUAAUAUUCGAAGAUAUUUUUAUCCGGAAAUUCCUCGCAGGAACUUUUCCAUUAGUUUACGAGCCAGGGACUGAAAUAAUGAUCAGAAGGAGACAAAAUAUGAUCGAUAUUACCAUGGUGACAAGAGAAACUUUGAGAACAGGAAGAAAGCCUAUGCCCUUACAUCGGAUGCAUUUCUUGCAUGGUUACAGUGAAGAAUUACUGUCUAGAUAUUUGAAGUGCCCUGUCAAGCUAGAUAUACAAUGUAUGGACAAUCACACAGUGCUAAAGGACACAGUGUUCUAGGAAUAAAAUGAUACAAUGUACAAA